AGCAUAUUUGCCACGUCAUACAUGCCAGGCGGAAACAGCAGCCGAAAAAACCAAACACCCACGCUGUUCAGCUUAAUGAUGUAGCCCAACCUCCUACAUAAGUAGUAAAACUGCCAGGUUGUCACUGUAAUUACGUUACCUCAGUCUGGGAAUUCAACUGGACCAUCUCUUCUGGUGUUUUUACUGAUACUGUGGAAUGCUGCUGGACGAGACUCCACUCUUUGAGCCCUCUCUGCUGCAGGAGCUAGACUGGAGUAGCAACGCUGUCUCCUUCUCUCCCCCCAUUUCCCCAUCCAGCCCAGGGGAAGGCCUGGUGCUCAGGCCGCUCUGUACGGCAGACUUCAACAGGGGAUUCUUCAAGGUUUUAUCUCAACUCACUCAGACAGGCGAUGUCACACCAGAGCAGUUUACGAAAAAGUUUGAGCAUAUGAAGAAGACGGGAGACUACUACGUUGUUGUGGUGGAGGACACACAUCUGGGACAGAUUGUUGCCACGGCCACAUUGAUUACAGAACACAAAUUCAUCCACUCCUGUGCUAAGAGGGGCCGGGUGGAGGAGGUAGUAGUCAGUGACGUGUGCAGAGGGAAGCAGCUGGGCAAACUGUUAGUUUCAGCUCUUACUCUUCUCAGCAAAAAACUGAAUUGCUAUAAAAUCACACUGGAAUGUGCACCCAACAAUGUGGCUUUCUACCAAAAGUUUGGAUAUACCGCCUCACACGAGACUUACAUGCAGUGCCGAUUUUCCAACUGAGGACAACAGCAGCUUUAAACAUGGACCACACCUUUAUACAUGUAUGUUGAAGAAACCCCCCCCCCUCCUCUCUUUGGUAACCAUGGCUACCUCACCAUCAUCAUCUUCUCCCACCAUCUGAAGAAAGGAUUGUCAAUUACUGCAAAUGUAAUGUCUUACUGUGUUACAUUAUUAAGUAAUAUGCUGUGUACUAACAGAGGAAAUUUUAAUUAUAUCUGACUACCAUGCAACUGUCAGUAAAUAUAAUUGCUUGAGGAAAAAAAGAUGGUACCAAAUUAAGUUAUAUUUCCUAAGCAACUAAGGAAUCAUUACAAUGUUUACUAUAGUUCACUACAAAACCAAGUAUACAGGAAGGAAUUACUUUAGAUCAUUAUUCCAACUUAGUCUCACAGAUUUUUCAUUAAUCAGGCAAAUCACCAAAGAAAAGCAGUUUUGUUUCUUUUAAUAUGAAUAGUUAUAUAUAAUACUUUGGGUUUUACUGGGGCUUUUUUAUUUUUCCGACAUGUCCCCUUUGGUACAAAGUGCUCUUUAUCUCGGCAGGCUUUUUUCUUUGACAGUAAUGUUGCUGGAUAACUGUAACGAAGGUUUGAAUACUGCAAGACAUGAUCAUUACUAUCAAAUCAAGACUGUUCUAAUGUAUUUCUAGUCAACAAAAAGGUUUAUAUUUCAUGAGGCAGUGGUGAGUGAUUAACUAAGGUUCUAUAAGUUUUAUAUUUGGUCGAUAUUUGAUCACAGCUGUAGGAAUGAAACAACUUAUGAUGGGCAAUGGAAUAAAAAAAGAUUUUUGUAAAUGUCUUAUUUAAGUUACGGGAACAUUUAAUGUAAUUUAUUUCCAAAUAUGUAAAAGUACAUAAAAUAUUCUAUGAUCUACCAUGUUUCUUUGGUUAUAUUUUUAGUUGUAAAACAAAUCUGACAUUUGUAUUACAAUGCUAAUUUCUGUUUUAACUACGAAAAUGUUUUUUUGUACAGAUGGGGGAUGGGCAUGUCUAAUAAUAGUUGUGGCAAAACAUUUUCAAUCAAUUUUUGGUUAAGACGAAUUGUGCUCUCAGAGCUCAAACCAUUUGUAGGACAGCGAA